AUAUCAGUUGUCAGCGUUCUUUUCUUUGGGAUAGAUAAAACACCUCUUUUUUAAUUAUCCCCAAAGUUUGAUUAUAUAUAUAUAUAGAGAGAGAGAGAGAAAGAGUGAGUGAGUGAGUGAGAGGGAGAGAGAGAGAGAGAAAUGGGAAAAAGAGGAGAUGGAGGUGAAGAGAACAUGGCAGCUUGGCUGGUUGGUGUAAACAAUCUCAAGAUCCAACCAUUCAAACUCCCACCUCUUGGCCCACAUGAUGUUAGAGUUCGGAUGAAGGCUGUGGGUAUAUGUGGCAGCGAUGUUCACUAUCUUAAGACGAUGAGAUGUGCACAUUUUGUUGUUAAAGAACCGAUGGUGAUCGGACAUGAAUGUGCUGGCGUCAUUGAAGAGGUUGGGAGUGAAGUGGCGUCUCUAGUUGCAGGUGAUCGCGUGGCAUUAGAGCCCGGGAUCAGUUGUAUGCGCUGCAAACAUUGCAAGGGUGGGCGAUACAACCUUUGUCCAGAGAUGAAGUUCUUCGCGACUCCCCCUGUGCAUGGCUCUCUUGCUAAUCAGAUAAUCCAUCCUGCUGAUUUAUGUUUCAAGCUCCCUGACAAUGUGAGCUUGGAGGAAGGAGCAAUGUGUGAGCCCCUUAGCGUUGGAAUCCAUGCUUGCCGCCGUGCUGUGGUUGGUCCUGAAACAAGUGUGUUGAUUAUGGGAGCUGGACCUAUAGGAUUAGUGACAAUGCUUUCAGCCCGAGCUUUUGGCUCGCCGAGAAUCAUUGUGGUGGAUAUCGAUGAUCAUCGUCUUUCAGUUGCAAAGUCUCUUGGUGCUGAUGGUGUUGUAAAGGUUUCUACCAACAAUCAGGAUGUGGACGAGGAGGUAACUAAGAUACAGUAUGCUAUGGGCACCGAAAUUGACGUGAGCUUUGAUUGUGCUGGCUUUAGCAAAACAAUGUCAACAGCCCUAAAUGCAACUCGUGCUGGUGGUAAAGUUUGCCUUGUGGGUAUGGGACAUAACGAGCUGACAAUUCCUCUAACCCCUGCUUCUGCGAGGGAGGUUGAUGUCAUUGGUAUCUUCCGUUACAAGGACACUUGGCCGUUAUGCCUUGAAUUUCUGAGGACUGGAAAAAUUGAUGUGAAACCUUUGAUAACACAUCGAUAUGGUUUUUCACAGAAGGAGGUAGAGGAAGCAUUUGAAAUGAGCGCUAGUGGAAGUACUGCAAUCAAAGUGAUGUUUAAUCUCUAGAUUUCAAGAUGAUGGAUAAUGUGAAAAUUAAAUAAAUAAAUCGAAGGCUAUAUCUUGUAUAAAUACUGAUAAAUUCUGUGGAGAAAUACUAUGGAAGAGAACCAUUGUUAUCUAAGCUUUGACUAUAUGGAGAAAUAAUAUAACCAUUCACUAACCUUAUUA